CUGAGUGGCAAAGUCGCCAUAGUAACCGGAGGCAGCAGGGGCAUCGGCCGGGCCGUUAGUCACGGUUUGGCUGAGGCUGGUGCCAAAGUUGUGGUGGCAUCUCGAAGCGAAGAGGAAGUGCCGCCAGGGUCAGAGUUUGAACGUUACGCUACUGGUAACAUUAAUGCCACAGCCGAAUCCGUUCGGCGGGCCGGCGGCAAUGCCAUUGCGGUUCCCUGCGACGUCACCAAAGGCGCCGACAUACAACACCUGAUUGAAGCCACCCUCUCCCGCUAUGGCAGGAUUGACAUCCUCUUUUCCAACGCAGGAAUUGAUUGCGAGUCCCCAGUGGUUGAUUUGGACCCCGACCUGUUCGACCGCUGCCUGGCGGUAAACGUCAGGGCGCCCGUGCUGCUUUGCAAAUACGCUCUCCCCUCCAUGCUGGAACGAGGGUCCGGUUCCAUAAUCGGCGUAACAUCCGGCUCCGCCCGCGGCUACCGAGAAGGUCGUGUGGGCUACUCCUUGAGCAAGGCGGCCCUGGAACGAAUGCUCCUCAGCCUUGCCGAGGAGGUUCGCGACCGCAACAUAGCCGUCAAUGCGUUCAGCCCGGGCCGCGUGGAUACCUGGAUGAACCGCCGCGGCGACUGGCCCGGCACCGCUCACAUUCCCAUGGUCCAGCCCGACGAGGUCAUCCCCGCAGCGGUGUGGCUGGCCAGCCAAUCAGCGGAGACGUUCACGGGCCAGGUCGUGGAGAGAGCCGACUUCGGCGUUACCUGGGGAGCUACCGGAAGCUAA